AUGACAACUUUUUUAGAGUGGCUGAUGACAUAUGCAGUAAUUUUCAAGUUCUCGAAUGUUGUCUGCGUGAGCUACAAUCAUUCCUGGUUUCAGUACCAUGAGUGUCGUCUGAAGGCCAUAUCGCGGAAUAAAGUGAUCUUGAAUAUCAACGGAACUGUUCUCCAUUCUGUAAAUAAUGUAUUUGUUGACGCCAAUCUAUAUAAAAGGGAAAGUGGAUACAAGCCGUGGCUCUUAAAGGGUGUAGUUGAUUGCUGUCGUUUUAUGAGAAAGAAUUAUAACCCAGCAGCAAAGAUACUGUUUGGUCUCUUUAAGGAAUUUACCAAUAUUAACCACACAUGUCCUUAUGUGGGACCGCAAAUUUUAAGAGGAUUUUAUCUGAGACCUGAACUAUUGCUACUUCCGUUUCCGAGUGGAGAAUAUAUGCUAUCAUUAAGGUGGUUUUUCGAUCAGAAAUUACAAUUUGACACCAAUGUUAGUUUUUUGUUUGUCGAGGACAUAAAGAAAGCCUGA